UUCAGGACUAAGUCUGCACUGGAGGAAAAUAACUGCAAGGGAGAACCACUAAUCACACCUCCGUGCGGGACCUAACUCCGGGGAGCAGCGUGGGCCGCCACCCCCAGGAUAUUCCUGCCUCCAACCUAAAGUGAUUCCUCCUGGAACGGUUCAGUCGCCCCUGCAGUUCACCUUUGCCUGCAGUUAACAAGCGUGCAAUUUGGGUUUAAUGGAGCUGGGUUUAUUGUUCCUCUUUGGACUUACAAUUACGUCGACUGCAGGGUCCGCGCUGCCCCGGCCUCGCUCCCUGCUGCUGCCGGCCGGCGGCGAGCCGCGCUCGGCGGCGCUGGGGCAGAAGGAGCGGGAGGAGAGCGAAGCGGCGGCGCUGCCGGGCGGCGGCAGGGCCAAGGUGGACGGCGGGGCGCUGCGGCGCCGAGCGCGGCGCUGCACUUGCUACACCUACAAGGACAAGGAGUGCGUCUACUACUGCCACCUCGACAUCAUCUGGAUCAACACCCCCGAGAGGACUGUGCCAUAUGGGCUGUCUAACUACAGAGGCAGUUUCAGAGGCAAAAGGUCUACAGGCCAGAUUCAAAGUACUUUCCAGUCUUCAUUUCGGUGUUCUUGUUUGGAUGCUCAUGACAAACAGUGUAUGCAGUUUUGCAGAAGAAUGCAAGACAGAAGAAGAAAUCAUGGAUCAAUGAAAAAGACAGAGGAGAAGGACCAACACAGGGAAGAGGAACACACAGUACCACAGAGAGUUCGGAAGAUUCUGAACAGUCAGGUAUGCUACAGAUGUUUAAUGUUGAAAAGAACUAAUUUUCCAUAAAUUUUCUUUGUAUUUGCAGGACUCUAAAUUCUUUCAACUGAAUGUUAUCACUUCUUGCUAAAUAAGGGCAGAA